AUGGACGUACUAACGUUCGGAGCGACCAGCUCUCCUGCAUCAGCCCAAUUCGUUAAGAAUCGGAAUGCGGAAGAGUUUGCAGGCAAGUUCCCGAGGGCAGCCUCUGCCAUUCGUAGCAGGCACUACGUCGAUGAUUACCUUGACAGCUUCGAGACGAACGAGGAGGCAAAGAAGGUAUCCAGCGAGGUGAAAUGGGUCCAUGCGCAUGGAGGAUUUGAAAUCCGGAAUUGGUCAUCAAACCGAAAGGCAGUUCUGGACCACUUGGGGCAAUCUCCGAAUCAAGCAACGAAAGACUUGUCAUUGAGGUCGCAAUCGGAGCGCGUGUUAGGGAUGCUGUGGCAUACCGAAGAGGACAAUGUACUUUUUUCUACGAUCUUCAGGGAGGAAAUUGCGGCACUGAUCGGAACGGGAACGAGACCGACGAAACGUCAGGUGCUGAAAUGUAUAAUGAGCCUUUUUGACCCGUUGGACCUGCUGGCGUGUGUGCUGGUACACGGGAAAAUAAUGAUGCAGAAUAUUUGGCGUAGCGGCAUCAAAUGGGAUGACUUUGUCGACGAAAGCGUCUACGAAUCGUGGACGAAAUGGAUUAGCCUGUUGGAUGAAGUCAACGAAGUUCGGAUUCCAAGGUGUUACUUCGAGAACGCGAGCACUGAGCUGUACCGUUCGUUGGAGGCCCAUGUGUUCGUCGACGCAAGUGAAGCGGCGUAUGCAGCGGUGAUGUACUUCCGAACUACCAAUCGUUAUGGAACAGCGAAAUGCGCUCUAGUGUCAGCCAAAACGAAGGUGGCUCCUCUUCGAUAUGUCGCCAUUCCUCGGUUGGAACUGAUGGCCGCGGUAUUGGGAACCCGGUUGCUGGUAUUUGUGCGUUCUAAUCAUUCCAUCCGAAUCAACCGCGUCAUCUACUGGUCGGACUCCGAAGUGACUCUGGCUUGGAUCCGGUCAGAACAUCGAAGAUAUCGCCCUUUCGUAGCCUGUCGCGUUGGAGAAAUUCUUUCAUCGUCAAGCGUAAACGAUUGGAGAUACGUUCCGAGCAAACUUAGCGUCUCAGAUGAGGCUACCAAGUGGGGUAGUGGACCGUGCCUCAGCGCAUCAGGCCGCAGGUUCAAUGGCCCAACAUUUCUGCAACUGCCAGAGGAGAAGUGGCCUAUGCCGAAGAGAUCGCUCGCAACCACUGAUGAACAAUUGCGAGCAUGUCAUCUGCAUCAAGAAGUGCUCAUCCUGCGUACUCCGAUAGUAUACGAACGCUUGUCCAACUGGAACCGAUUGCUGCACGCAACGGCAUAUGUAAUAAGGUUUGGAACUUUUCGCAAUCAGAAAGGCACAAAAGGCGUUGACUCACGAGGAAAUGAAGGCAGCCGAGAUAUUGCUUUGGAAACUGAUUCAGUCUGA